AUGAAAAAGUCGGCCCUGUCGACGCGCGCAUUCUAUCGGAGUGUCGAUAGGCUAGCCCCGUGCGUUGCGACGCUCCACACGGAUGGCGACCCACAAAGAAUGGGAGAAACACACCGCCGUUUUCACGGCCGUGCGCCGAGGAUCGUUGAUGGGGAGCUCGACAAAUUCAGCGACGACCAGCUGCAGCCCUUCCUGCCCCUGUUGGUGUCGUCAAAAUUCGGGCCGAAUUCGAGCAGCGUUGCGCCCGAGCUCUUCGCGCGCUUGACGACCUUCUCGCGCGAGUCGUUCAUCCUCGACUGUUUGAAGGUCGACUACACCGAGGUGGCGAAACGGAUCAAUGACUUCUCCAACUACAACACCACCUCGAAGAGCCCGGCCGACAAGUACGUCUACUACGUGUCGAAGCUGCUGCGCACAGAAAUCGUCGAUUCCAAUCUGCAUCAAUGGGUCGGCGACAGCGAGCUGCCGAUGGCGACCUUGUUGCUGUCGUUGGCGAUUUUGCACAUGCCAUCUGUCGUGAAGACGUCGUUGGUGGUCACCCGGCUGUUGUCGAUCCAAAACGGCCCGCAGAUUUUGGCGGAGAUAGCUUGUAACAAAGUGACGCCCGAGGACACGCCAAAGGGCAAGAAUCGCGAGCAAAUGUUGAUGAAUUUACUCUCCCUAUGCCCGGUGCUGAUCACCGAUCGCGUCUUGGCCAAGUUGACGGAGCACAAGCGCGAUGCCGCCUCAGCUGCCCGGCUUUGCGCACUAAUAGGCUCCGACACGCAAUUCGUGAGGUUCAUGUCGUCCCACCCUGACCGACAACACCUCGCCCGUCCACAUCGUCAUCAGAAGAAGCGCCCAAAAACCGCAAGUUGUCGCGCCGAUCCUACAGCGAACUUUUGCAAUCCUGAGGAAGCUGGUGGAAAGGUCGGCUUUUUAUACUUGAAGAUAUACAAAAACCAUGAGCCGAACCCGGAAUUUAUCAUGGCGCUCGCCCAGCUGAAGAUUCUUUUGCCAAGGCAAGCCGAGUCGCGAGGAUCUCGAGCUGCUGCAGCAAUGGAAGAUGAUUUUUUACAGAUUCCAGUCCACUCGCAUACGCACGCCGCGCUCUGCGCGCUGCUGUCGAUCACCUCGCUGACGAGCGCCCAACAGUCGACGCCGAACGCGUCGACGCCGCACAACGAGCAACGCUGGAUGGUCGACUACCUACAGUGGCUGAAGGCCGAGGCCAUCGCCAGUCACAAGCGUCAAGACUCCACCUUCCACUCGAUCCUGGUCGCGGCGCUGUGCGUGUGGACGGGCCGUGUCGACGAGAUUAACCGAUUUUUGGGCUCUUCGCUGUCUUGCAAGGUCGCCAUCACCUCCCGUCACUUCAAGCGAUUCGCGCCCUUCUCCUGUCCGUGCUGCCGGGAGAAGGAGCUCGUGCUCCUCUGCGUCGACCUACCGGUUACGAUAGAUCUCCACGACUCGCACGAGUCCUCGGAGCCGCUUCCGAUCCUGUGGAUCUCGGACCUGCUGUCGCAGAAGGUGUUCCAGAAGUACAACGUCGACGUCGGGAGCUGGAUAGGACGCCAAAUUUCGGCAGCCGCACUUCCAACUAGCGCCGUGCUCAUCGAAGUCAUCGAGAGG